AUGGUAUUGACUUUCACUUAUGUUUAUUUAGGGAGCUCAUAAAUCAUUGAGAAUGAAGAAGAGAUUGAUUAAAGCUAAUAAGCAAAAUAGACCUCUUCCAAAUUGGUUUAGAUAUAGAACUGAUAACACAAUCAGGUAUCAAAUCAAAAUAAUACAUUACUAGGUAUAAUUCAAAACGUAGACAUUGGAGAAGAACUAAGCUUAACAUCAAUUGA